UAUAAACGAUAUUACGCAUCAAUCUCAACGAUAUGGCGAUAUUUGGUGUAUUUUUGCGCGACCUUCUCCGAUAUAUUCGAAACGACGUAAAUCGUCGCAAGAUGGCGUCUAACGAGGACGGCGAUCUGAUUGAUCUCGGAAACGAUGCCUGCGUACCACGUGUUGCGGUGGAGGACGCGACACCCGAGGAACAGGAGCACCUGCUCGACGUGUGUCCCCCGAAACUGGAGCGGAAGCUUUUCCUCACCAGGCGGCAGGAGCAAGUCCCGGACAGCGUCGACAAGGGUGACAUUCUGGUGACCUUGGGUCACGAUCAGGUGGUACCGAUUCGCAAGAGGAUCGACGUGGUCUCGUCCGACACGAUUAAGCGGAUUCGCGACAUCACGAAGAAUCUCGAGCCGGUGAUACGCAGAACUUCUCGCUCGAACAUCAUCAGCGAGGAGACCCAGGACACGGUGGACCACGGGAUGACCUUGGACCGCGAGGACGAGACUUAUGAGACGCGGGAGAUAAACAACGCCUUUGACUUCCUCGCCGAGCACGAUGACGACCAUGAAGACCGGGCGGAAACGAGUCCGAAGAACGUCUCCGCGCGUCUCUUGAAGGAGGACCCGGUCAGUCAUCCCUUCGAGUCGUCGUCAGGGACCUCGAGCGAGGAAACGGUCGGUGGAAGUGACGCGGAGGAGAGGAUGAAUCACGUCCAGCUGGACAAUCCGGCUUUCGAGGCCUCGCCGGAUUCGAGGAAGGAUCCCUCUCGCGAGGACGAUCCGGUCGAGGAGCCGCGCGCGAGGAUCCUGAAGAGACGAGGUCAUGAGGACGUCGCGUUCGAGCGCGGAAGCAAGAAGCGAUUCUUACGAGAGCCCCACCGGAAAUCGUGGACGGAAGGGACGAGAUUGAAUGAUGCGUCAUCCCUCAUCGACGAACUUCCCGGCAUCGAUAGAUCCACCAGUCUCGAUCGUCAAUAUCGAUGUUCAGCGGCGACUUCAGACGUCCGCAGUGGAUUGUCCAGCUUUCUCACGAGACAGUUGCCGGAAGCGGAAUCGACGACCGGCAGCGUCGAGGGCUGCUCCGAAGGUUCUGAAGUGGAUUGGUCCUGGCUCGAGGAAGUGGAGUGUUUGCGAGCCGCGGCGGAGCCUCUCGCCGCCGGCGAGGAAGUGGGGAAUCCCUCUCCUGCCGUCAGCGAGGAACGCAGGCGCAUCUGCGAACGUCGCGAGACGGCGGCAACCCGCAGUGCCGCGAUGUCCGUCACCGCGACGGGGAAGUCCCUAGCAGUCACCGGCUCGCGGUGGGCAUCCCCCGGUGGCGCGCUUCUCCAGGACCGUCAAAAUAAUAACAACAACAGCAACGUUGGUCGUCGCAGUAGCUGUCCACGCAGUCGCCGGUACCGUAAUAAUAAUAAUAAUAACAACAACAACAACAAUAAUAACAAUGACGAGGACGACGAGGAAGCCGUGCGGUGCAACGCUACGAACGAGGCGGUCGAUCGCGGAAAUCGCGGGACCACGAGCACCGCCACCUCCGUCGGCACCACCUCCAUCGCCGCCACCGCGAACUCGUGGAUGCGCGCAUCCAUGCGGCGCCUACGUCACCUGCGGCUGCCCGAGGGUGGCGGCGCGCAGCGUGAUCAGCUGGCGAAUCGGCGCGCCGCGGCCGUCUCGGCGCCGAAUUCGCUGCCAGACAUCGCGCUGAUCGCGCCGGAGAUCCUUGCGGCGCAGACUAACGGCGGCACUUCCGGCACCCUGUUGCGACCCUCGAGCGCGCCCGCGAGGAAUGCCGCCGGGGUCACCGGGGUCAACGCGGCGGCGGCGACGCCGCGUCGAACCGGUCGGCAAUUUACUGGGAGGUCGCGGGGCGCCAGACCGGAGGCGGCCUCCUCGAGGCAGGGCAGUCUUGGUUCCACAACCACGGGGUCUAGUGACGUCACCGGGAACACGACCUGCUCCAGUUCGUUCGGCGCAGCUUCCAGCAGUCCGGCAUCCAGCACGGCGACCACUCCGCAACGUGCCACUUCGAGAAGGAUAUGCGAGAGGCAAAGAGAGGCUGACAGACGAAACGACAAUAGGAACGAGGAUGAUGAUGAGGACGAGAAUCCUCUCGGGAAGUGGCCACACACCCUUAGUUCGGCUCUCGCGUGUCUCAGUUGCACCUUGGGACUUUUUAAUAUCAGUAGAUUUGCCAUUCUUAGUGUACAGUUUGGAGCAAACUUCAUUGUACAGUUCCUGAUUUUAUCAUUUAUACUGGGUAUCCCGCUGCUGACAUUACAAGUAUGUCUUGGGCAAAGACUGGCGGCUGGUUCCGUGGAUAUGUGGAGAAUUUCGCCACUUUUUCAAGGUGUCGGAAUAGCUCUGCUCACCGCACAGGCCUUCAUCGGCAUCUACAGUAUAGUCGGUGUAUCAUGGAUGUUCGUUUAUUUCAGAGAUUCGUUCAUAACGAAGCAGGACAGGUAUCGAUGGGCGGAGCCGUUUCUUCUCUAUCGGGACGACAGCCGUCCUACGCACAACACUACUACUUCGUACAAAUUGCACGAAACUGUUCCGGAUUACUUCAGUGGGGCCGUGCUGCAGAGACACCACUUGAACGAUUCCGAACCUGGCGUCGUCACGUUAAAGUUUCAAGUGGCCUUCAACUUAGCCGUCGUGUGGAUGAUUGUAUUUGUUUCCCUGAGUAAAGGACUGAGAUCUUAUGGAAAGGUCGUAUACGUCUUUACGUUGGUGCCCGUGUUCGGUACGUUGGUCCUUUGUACAAAGUUGCUGGGACUUACUCCGGCGGGUUUGAUAAGCCAGCUUUUCCCGGCUACUGUCUGGAGCGAAUUCUUCAUCAACGGAAAGUCAUGGGUAGCCGCCUCAAACGAGGUCUUCCUCACGUGGGGUUUACUCGGCGCGGCCGCUAUGCAGAUAGCGGCUCACAACAAGCACAAGAAUUUCCUACAGCGAGACACGACUCUCGUAGUGAUUCUGACAUUUUUGGUGCUUCUACUCGGGGCUCUAUUAGCGAAUACCUGCGUACACAUUCUCAGGCAUCAAGGUUACAUCUACACCACUAGUUCCUUUGAGAGAAUAUCAGGAUACACGUUCUUGAGGCUCGCCAAUAAACCGGCACCGUCGGGCUACAGCAGCACCCCGGAGAGGUUCAUGUCCCACGCGUCCUUUCUCCUUGGUCAACGCGUAAUACGACCCGGCGCGGACACGAGCAUCGAGUCCGGAUACCAGGUGUUGCGACUGGCCACUGAACUGGUGCCCGCGACACUGGCGUUGCUGGGCACUGAACAGGUGUCGCCGUUCUGGGCGGUCCUGUUUUAUUUUAUCCUCAUCUUAUUUGGAAUCGCGCAACAGUUGGCGAUUUGGCACUGCGUGAUAACCGGUAUAAUGGCAAUUAAUACAAAGAUGAUGAAGCUCUGGGAGACCACCAUAACGUUUUUCAGCUGCGCUUGUGCCUACAUACUUGGGUUACCUAUGGCUACGGAGCUGGGCAUCUACGUCGUCUACUAUCUGGAUUACACCGUCGGUGGGGUGUGGUGGAUAAUCGUCCUAUACCUGAUGCAAGUUGGCGCCGUGUUCGCGGUUCGCGGACGUCCGCACACCGGCGAGGCGGUCGUCGCCGAAUUAUUUCCGCCGACCGGACGUUGCCUCAGAUACUGGGCCGGUCCUUUGCUAUCUUUCAUUUGGAACGUCGUUCUCCCCGUCACUCUGAUGGUUCUCAGCAUUACGAUAUUUAAGAGCAGCGGCUUCCGGGAGUUGUACUCUUAUCGUCGUACAUCCAGAGAUUAUUGGGCCGUUUGGGCAAGGCAACUCGGCACGGCGAUUCAGCUAAUACCGAUACUGAUGAUACCGGCAGUCGCUAUCAUCCAGACGUGUCGAUAUCUCAACACUGGGCCACCCGAUAUAUUCGACAACGAACAAGUGGAAGUAACAGUAAAUCACUGUGAACAGUGUAACGGAAGAAUUCAAUUACUCUACCGACCACCGUUGGAGCCGGAGGAUCCUCGGGACGCGCAGACCCAGAUUGGGAACGACCAGAGCACCGGGGGCUUGCACGGCAACGGGAUCCUUCCCUCGGCGACCACGGAGAUCCCGUUCGAGGAUCCGCCGCCCAAGUACACGCCGCCGCCGAGCUACACCACGGCGACCGGCGCGAGGAUCGCGAAGAUGCUGCGCCAGAGCUUCCGGCGAAGCGUGCGGAGGCUCGCGAACGUCCUCGGAGAGGGCAGCGCGCCGCGGCAGAGACCCGCGUUGCAGCAACCUCCUCCGCCACCGCCGCCUGAUUACGCGACCGUCCUGGUGGAGAUGAACCAGAGCGGCAGGACAGCGAUCUCGCGCGACCAAGUCGCGAUCCACGUGCCUUUGGAGCCACGGCCGGACGUGACCAAUAUCGGGCGUGGUCGCGGACACCAGCAACAGGACACCGUCCUCGUCUCGUCGGUCGAGCGUCAACGCGUCAGGCCGAACACCAUCGACCGCGCCAGCCGGAUCGGGAUCGCGAUCGACAGGUCGCGCGCGAUCGAGCGGACCCAGUCGUCGACCCUGGUCGACCGGGGAGACCGUCGUCGUGCGAGCAACGUCGUUGCCGGGAGCAACCCGGCCACCCUGUCCGGCUCGACCCUGACGGCCGCCGACGUGGCGAACCUGCUGCGCAGCAGCAUUCGCAGGGGCACCGCGAGGACGCAGCAGUCCCUGCGCAGGAGCUUCUGCCACGAAGAGCCGACGACGGCGGCGUCCGUUGAGAAUCUAGUCGAGGCCGCCGCGCCUAUCGGCCAGGACUCCUUGAUCCUAUCGAAUAAGGACGCGUCUCUAGUCCACGUCGUGCAAACCGACGACAACGACGGCAGCAAUCGCGACGAGAAGAAGACUGCGAGUGAAAUGGAGAGUUCCGUUUCUGUGAUAUAGACUGAGAGAGAGAGAGAGAGAGAGAGAGUGAGAGAGAGAAAGGUCGCGGCGAGUUUCUAAGCUUGCUGAUUGUGUUUUUAAGGAUCAAGACUCUGGUUAGCGAUUCGCGCUGCCCCUUUCUGAGAAAUUAUAACUUUCUACUUGUAAUGUAGAUGAUGAAACGAUGGAUCUCGUUAAUCGGAGUCGCGAGACGCUAAUAAUUUCCAGUGUUUGAAUCCUCUCCUCCGAAAUUAGGACGUUUCUUAUUGUUCUUCUCCCGUGUGCCUGAUGAGCAUGUAUGUACGUCUGUUACUACUCGGAAAGUAUACUUUUGUGUUCUCUUACGAUAUUUAUUUCUUAAUAUAUAUAUAUAUAUAUAUAUAUAUAUAUAUAUAUAUAUAUAUAUAUAUAUAUAUAGAUCUACAUAUAUAUCUUCGUUACAUAUUUAGAAAGAGAGAAAGACAGAGUGAGAGAGAAUAAGGUUUUGCAUGAUUCAAUGCACAUACAUUUUUGAAUAUUUCGAAACCUCUGCCAGAAAUCUUGCAUUUAUUCAAUGUUAAGAUCUGUUGUAUGAUUUUAAUUCCGCGAUGAGAUAAUGUAAAUUUCUUUUUACUAGAAUUAAUCAAAGAAAAAUUCAAGAUCUGACUAAGAAAUUGCGACUUUAAACACACAGUCAUGUAAAUAUGUGUCCUCAUUAAUGAUCGAUUAAAAUAUAGAUUAUUGUGCUGUUAUUGUAAUAAAAAGAAAUGCAGUAUUUAAUAAUCAUGUUAGGAAGUAUAUGUAUACUGGUUACCUAUCUUCCUGUUUCUUUCCCGUAAAAAUUAUAUGAAGAAAAUGACUGAAAAAUCAAUUAUAAACGAUCAAAUAUAAUUCAGAUAAUUAAGAAAUACAAUUUAUUGGAAUUCCUUAGCUUCUUAGUGUUUUAGACUGGAAGCCUAGUUUUUUUUUAAAUUUUGAAAGCGUUUAAUCGUAUGUGUUUGAAAUUCAUUUCAUUCACAUGUAUUAUCGGCGUUUUUAUCGAAAAUCGCGCGGAUAAUAUCCAUAUGUAUAAUAUACCUGUGUACUCUUGUUCGUCGUAAUUAGUUCUGUAAAUACGCGCAGCGAAUUUUAGCGAAUUAAAUUACGUUAUACGUUUAAGAUCGAUCGUAGACUCGCUAAGACAUUUUAUUCGUUAGCUUGAUUAAUGCUGAUUUACUAUAAUACGAGUGUGUAUAGUCCGUCCAGUGUUGUCGAUGUAUUUUUCUGUUGAUAAAUUCAACAAUAUAUUGCCGCAAAAAGCGCUUCGUAAUUAUUACGUAACGAGAUAGAUCGAUUUCCAUAAUAUGCUUUAUUCGAUUGAGAGUCAUCGAGCAUAAUAAAAAAAUAAUUAUGAUAUUCGUAUAAACACAUGAGAGAUCUUAUACGUACUCUAUAGCGUAAAUAUUCCGAUAUUCAAUUUUCCGUAAAGUAAGUGUAACUGUUAUACCUGAUAUUAUGGACCAUAAUAAAAUUUUUAUGUUCUUGUA